AUGUUUCUGUCUCCGGAUAGCGACCUGUCGCCCGGAUCGCCCGAUCUCGGAGGACACACCCCAGCGGUCCCCGAUCGGCCUGGGUCUCCGCGCCAUCUAGAUCAUCCGGGAUCGCAGAUCCCUCGUCUGCAGGACAAGUUCAAACCUGCUCCAUCGUCUUAG